AUGUCGCUGUCAUCCACGACCACCAUUAAGAACCAGCUCAGCACCGCGCUGGGCCCCAAAGCCCCUCCAUACUUCAGCGUCCUCAAGGAGUACCUCUCAGGCCACAUCUCGCGGACCGAAUACGACGACCAGGUCAAGACACAUCUAGACAGCACUCAUCUCGUCCAGCUACAUAACACCCUCAUUGUCUCCCUAUUCGACACUUCCGCCCACCUUGCGCCACCCACCCCGCCUCCGGAUGUGCCCAAACUUCCUUCCCGCAAGCGGCGCCGCACGCUACCGUACCAGGGCCCGGACGCGGUGGACGAAGGUACCCUCCGGUCUACGAGGCUGAAGAAGUGGACUGUUGGGCUGGGCAGGCGCGAGCGGGACCGCAUACGCGCCCUCGAGACCGUGGCUCUGAACGAACCGGUUGUCCCUAGAGACUACACGGACGAGAUAGCGGCAGAACGAGGCGUCACAUUGAUGCAAGAGCGCGGAGAAUCUCCCGGGAGUAGACUGCCGCUACAUUUGGCCUCCAUGGCUCGCGCUCCAACAAUGCAACAUAUCUCGGAUCGCAUAAACCUUAUAUCUGCGCAACAUAACUUGGGUGCUCCUUCCCGGGAUGUAGCAUCCCUCAUGAUGCUCGCGUUCGAGGCCAAGCUGAAACAGCUUAUCACACAAGCCCUCCAACUUACAUCAACAUCCCACGCCAUCUCAUCCAUUCGUGCCGCCGAACCACAUUCGCAUAGUUAUGUGCUCUCCGCAUCGUCGUUCGACAGCCUCUUCAGCGUGUCACCGGCAGCCCUCCCGAACAAGUCUGCGACCGCAAUGCGUCUAGCAGUCGGCGAUAAUGACACUACCGAGGACGACGUCAUCCUGAAGAACAAGGACAUGCGGGACCGGCGGUGGCAGCUGUUCGCUCUGCUCGGGGAACGGAGCACGGUGAAAGAGGCUCUUCGGACACUGCACUAG